CGGCCGCAACGGUCUUGGAGAGAGCGACUGGACACCCGGGGACAGGGAGUCCGAGACCGAGAGACACCGGGACCCCCGGGGACAGGGAGUCCGAGACCGAGAGACACCGGGACCCCCGGGGACAGGGAGUCCGAGUCCGAGACCGAGAGACAUCGGGACCCCCGGGGACAGGGAGUCCGAGACCGAGAGACGCCGGGACCCCCGGGGACAGGGAGUCCGAGACCGAGAGACGCCGGGACCCCCGGGGACAGGGAGUCCGAGACCGAGAGACGCCGGGACCCCCGGGGACAGGGAGUCCGAGACCGAGAGACGCCGGGACCCCCGGGGACAGGGAGUCCGAGACCGAGAGACGCCGGGACCCCCGGGGACAGGGAGUCCGAGACCGAGAGACACCGGGACCCCCGGGGACAGGGAGUCCGAGAGACACACACACCGUGAAAGCGGACGGUCCGUGAGCUGGAGGGAGAGUGAGAUCGGACACGGUGAUUUCCCGUUAAACUGACCGGCAGUGAGGGAGCGGAGUCGCAGGAUGGUGAGGAAAAGUGAUGCUCUGGCCACAGAGUCAGUGACCUGUCUCAAUGGAGCACUUGCCCAUCUCCGGAAUAUCUGGGAAGAGAUCGGGAUUCCAGAAGAUCAACGAUUACAAAGAACUGAAGUUGUUAAAAAGCAUAUUAAGGGGUUGUUGGAUAUGAUGAUUGCAGAGGAAGAAAACCUGAGGCAGCGGCUGAAAAAGAGCAUUGAUAUGUGCCAGAAGGAACUCCAUGCUGUGUGCCAGGAACUCAAUUUGUCUGUUUGCAUGCCCGAAGAAGAUUGCACGAUGCUGCAACUGGAGAAAGAUCUGCGGACACGAUUGGAGGUCCUUCUGAAGCAGAAGAAAGAGAGGAUGCUGAAAUUAAAGAGCCUUAAAGAACAAGAUGAGGAGCUAUGUGACAUUCUCUGUACAACAGCCUACCCUAUUGAUCCUGACACAGUCCCUAGUCUUGAACGACUUGAUGCAUUUCAUGAGCACAUUGCUUCACUUAAUGUAGAGAAGGGACGGAGAAGAGCUGAGUUUGUUGAAACAAAGAAAAAAAUCAUUCUUUGUAUGGAGGAACUUGACCAACUGCCAGAUACCAGUUUUGAGAGAGAUAUUGUGUGUGAGGAUGAAGAUGCCUUCUGUCUGUCCAACGAGAAUAUUAUCGGUCUGAAAACACUUCUUCAACAGUUGGAGAUGAAGAGAGGUCAGAAUGAGAGCAAAUGCUUUGAGUUGAGAAAUCAAAUCGUUAACCUCUGGGACUGGCUGCAAAUUUCCCAAGAAGACCGUGAUACCUUUUCUGCAAAUGUGGUUGGCUCCAGGGUUAAGACAAUGCAGGCAUUGCAGACAGAGUUGGAACGUCUAGAGGUCCUUAAACAACAGAACAUGAAAAAUGUGAUUGAAUCAAUCAGACGAGAGCUGGCAACGUAUUGGGAGAAAUGUUUCUUUAGUUCUUCACAACGGCAAGAAUUUGCGCCAUACCAUGAUGACGACUACACGGAGGAGUUAUUGCAGCUACAUAACCUGGAGCUGAAUCGACUAAAGGAGUACUACCAAGCACACCAGCAACUGUUUGAGGGUGUUUGGAAGUGGGAAGAAAAUUGGAAGCUUUAUCUGAGUUUCGAGAAGAAAGCAGCAGAUCCAAACCGGUUCACCAACCGUGGGGGCAAUCUGCUAAAAGAGGAGAAGCAAAGAACAAAGCUUUACAAAAUGUUACCUAAACUGGAGGAAGAGUUGAAAGUUCAAAUUGCUACUUGGGAACAGGAGCAUCAUUCCCAGUUUCAGGUUAACGGACAGAACUUCAUGGAUUAUGUGACAGAACAAUGGGAACUGCACAAAUUGGAGAAAGAGCGAGAGAAACAAGAGCGGCAACUGAAAAAGAACAAGUUAAUUGAGGAGGAGAUGCUGUAUGGUAGUGCCCCCAAAACUCCAAACAAAAGAAGGCUUAAUGCACUGAAUACCCCAGGAAAAUUACGAAAGCUAAAUGGUACGUCAAUCGCCAAUGCCACCCCAAACAGCACCCUUCGCUGUGCCAUUGGUGGUAGUGUUUGUUACUCACCCAUCUCCCGACCCCCACUAUCAGGACGCAAGCCAGGACAAUCUGUGCGCACGCCAGGAUAUUCCACUACAAAGCCUCCACGCCUUGGCCUGGUUGAAAGGAACAAAGAGAAUAUUUCUCACCUCAAUGCAACAGCAAUGAGUGGUGCGUCCACCGUCUCCACCCCACGGCAUAAUCUCAGCAUAAAUUCAGUUGCCACCACUUAUUCUGAGUUUGCGCGAGAACUUUCAAAAGCUUCCAAAUUUGAUUGUCAAUCACGAAUUCUCAACUCUACAACCAGCAACAUCCAUCCCUGACCUGGCAGCAAGAAACCAGUGUGAACCUGGACUGCUCAGAAAUUACACUUGCGUGUGCACAAAAUGAAGUCUGCGUAUACUGUAUAAUGUGUUGUGAUAGAAUUGGCAUGUUCGGAUGUAUUAGACUGUAAAUGCAGAUUAUGUGAAAAAUGCUACAGGUGAACAUGGGUAAUGCGCAUGCUUCCCUCGACUGUACAUAGCUUAAAUAAGUCAUUUGCCAGAUGGGGAAUUAAUGAACAUUAGCACAAUUUUUAGAUGUACUUUAAUGUGAUGAAUUUCAAAUGCAUUUUCCUAUUGAACAGCCUUCAUCCAGUGCACUACAUUUCAAAGUAAUCUCAAAAUACCAUGAUUCCAGGUGUUCCUAGAAGUCACUUUCUGUAAAGAGAGGGAGGUCAAAGGAUAAAUGAUUGAGAUUUCAGGGCUCAACUGCAAAAGUAUUUUUACCUUAAACUGUCCAAUUUCUGUUUUAAGUACUGUACUAAAGUUGCAUGCCAAUGCCUUUUAAAAUUAAAAUGAUCAACUUUUUGGUCAUUGUUUGUUCUAAUCCACUUAAUUUGCAGUUUCAAAGUAGCCUGAAAUGAGUUACCCUUGUUAAUGGAUGAUGUAAUUCCCUUGUUAAUAUUACAAGGAAAACCCAAACCCUUCACACUGGAACUUACCUAUAUUACUUUCCUAAUUCAGUGUUGUGUGUAAUGCCAAACUUAAUGAAACCUCAUCAAGAACUUGGAAGCAAUCUCCAAGCAGGAUCCCGUAAACAUUUUCUGAAUUUAAUCUUUUGUAUCACUGAUAGCCAAAAUGUUCCACAACAGUGUAAUUGACAGUGCCAACCAAACAAUGUGAAUUAGUUUGUCUUUUUAAUGGCAAAUAAUGACGUUGAAAUUAAUCUAAAUGGGAUCUAGCAUUAAUAUUCUAUAUUGACAUCUAAUUGGCUGUUAAUUCUUAGCAUAUCCCCCAUUCCCUGUGCUUGCUUUUUUCACAUAAUCUAUGGAUUUUAUGAUCCUUUUGUACAGUUUAAAAUAAUUUUUGCAGAUUUAAAUUGUGUAAAUAUUCUUCUAUUAAGCUAAUCAUGAAGUUUUGCACCUUUUUUAUAUUUCCAUUUAUUUAUUCAUAUUAACCUUUCUUUUAAUCAUUUACAAAUUUGCUGUAAAAUAGUUCAGUGAUGAGAAGAGUUUUUAAACACUAACCAUAAUAUAGCUGUUACAGCUACAGACCUUUGUGACCAAAUAGUGUAAUAUUCUCUGGGCUGGCAAUAAUUUAUCUACUAUUUGAGAAGAUUCUUUUGUUUUUGGUAUACAUUACAUUUGCUUCUCUGUAGCCGGUCACAUUUGGUUCAUUAGUGUAGGAACGAUUUACUGAAUCUUAGGAGUGAACAGACUUCUAUCCUAGAGGUUUUAAUGUUCAGUUGAGUUAGGGGAAGGAAAGCCUUGGUGGAGUUCUUUAUAUUGAAGUAAUCUCUCACUUUAAGAUUUGAAAAAAAAGUUAAAAUCCAUUUCUCUGCCAAGUUUUGAUGGAACCACUCCUGGAUAUGCAAAGAAGCUUGCUGUUAGAAGUGAUAGGCAAACUGAUAGAAGACAGCCCUGAUCCUGAUGUGUCUUGAGGCUAAAAGAAGAAUUUGGUUUUUUAAAUGAACUGAGAAAGGCAUAAUGUCACACUUGUCAGUUGAUGUGUAUAUUGCAAAUUAGGUUGCCUCAAACAAAACAUUUGUUUUGAAUUCCAUAUUUUCUUAGCAUUCCAUUCAGGGCUGCAGACAGGUCACUAGCUUCAAAGUAACUUGACCUAUAUACUUUUGUCUUUCAAUAGUGCAGUCUAACUAGAAAAUUCAGAGCAGUUCCAUCAGCACUAGCUUUUACCAAACAGCAAGCUGGGCUAUUCACCAAGCCUUACUUUUCAGUUGCUGGUGAAGCUAAAAAUUUAUCCCAUUGUGUUGUGUUGUAAUUUAUAUAUCACCAUUAUAGCAAGUAUGCAAAUCCUUUGAAAAAUUAUUCUCAAUGUGUAAGUUCAUGAUUUGCUAGAAGUGAGUCCUGUGCUUUUUGUAAAAAAAAAGGUGACUUUGAGCAGUUUAAUGAUUUGAAUAUUCAAGUUCAGUGUUGACUGCCACAGACAGAAAGUGUAGGUAAUAUGGAGAAACAAUGUUAGUGCUCCUUUUUUUUGGUUUUGGCAAUAUCUCCAUGCAUCUGGGAACCUUGUGUUUCUAUUUUAGCCCAAUGUCUACUGAACUUACAAAUUGUUCAGAUAUUUUUCUGUCAGCCAUAGAAAUUUGUACAGCUCCUUUCUUUUAGUUUUGAAAAACCAUAAUGUCUUUCUGUAAAAUAUCCAGCAUGGAAAGGUACCCAAGAAAAUUAUUAAUGAAGUAGUGAAAUCAAACUGGACUAUAAGGUAUGUGUGUGGCAUCUAAGACCAGAUUGUUGAUGUAGAAUAACCUGAGCUACAGCAGGUACUUUGGAACUCUAUGCCUUUUAAGGGCAAGGUGUGAAAUCUUUUUGGUGACUGACAGAACUCUAAAUAUUAGCAUUGGAUGCAAUUGUGUCAACAUAGUCUGACCAUUGGUUUGAGCAUGUCCCUAAAGUGUACAAUGCCUUGAAUAAACAGUUAAAACUGAA